CCAUUUCUGAAAAAUUGGCUUCCUAAAUCUUGUUUUAGAAGCGCAGAAAUUCCCUCCAAAACCAGCGUCUUUAUUUAUACUCCCAAUCCGUCACUUUCCUUGUACCCCUGCAGCGUAGAGGAAGAAGAAGAAGAAAGAACUCAAAGAAGGAUAAUGGCAGGAGGAGGAUCGAAGGCGAACCCUCCGAAAGCAAGGAAGAGAGUUGAACCCGAGUCCGGUUCACUCAAACGAGCCAGAGAUGGCAGUGCCUUUACCCGCUGCGGUGAGUGCAAUAAAGAUGUGCCGGUGGUUCUUAUUGAUAUGCACAGUUGUGGCCUUGAAGCCAAAAUUAAGAUGAAUUUGGAAUCCCAGGGUGUGGAGAAAGUAGCUAAAGAGCCUAAAGUUACGAAGGCGCCUGCAACUAAAAAAAAAGCAACGCCGGCAGAGACGCAGCCAAAGAAAACCAAAAGACUGAGGAAGAUUAAAGAUCCAAACAUGCCCAAACGCCCUCCAACUGCCUUCUUUCUCUUCAUGGAUGAUUUUAGAAAGACUUACAAGGAGGCAAAUCCAGAUUCUAAGAGUGUUGCUGUGGUUGCAAAGGAAGGUGGUGAGAAGUGGAAGUCUAUGACAAAUGAAGAGAAGAAGACCUACACUGAUAGAGUGGCAGAGCUUAAAGCAGAGUAUGAGAAGGCCAUGGAGACUUAUGAGGCUGAAAAUGCCAAUGUAAGAGAUUUAUCUCAAUUCAUUCAAUAUCUUGUGUUCUUAAACUUCUCUAUUUGAGUCUUAUCAUCUCUUGCUCUUUGAAUGUUCAGGAUGAAGGGGGUACAGAAAAGGAAGCGGAUUUAAUAUCUGAUGAAGAAUAGGAUAGGAUAAGCCAGAAUUCUUUAUGAGAAUUCUAUGAAUCUCGUUUUGAAUCCUUGUAAAUUUUUGAUUUUGUUAGUUAAAUGGGGGUUUUAUGUAGAAGUUAGAAAUUUUCCAAUGGCAAUAUAGUUUUCAUGGUA